UCUUUUGACCAUUUUCAUCAACCAUUUUAGGUCUCUGGGAGAGGUGUUUGUGGAGGGGAGUGGUCAGCAGCUAGAGAGACCUCCCAAAGAUCCACCAGCAAGGUAGAUGAGGAGGGACUGGAGCUUGCGGUGUGUAGGCAUGGUGUUCUGCUGCGUGCUCUCAAUAUGUACAGGGGAGAAAUGUUUGCUUAUCCCCUGUAUUUGCAAGAAAAGCUUGCCAGCAGGCAAAUCACUUUCUUCUGUAUGGAUGUGACCUGCAAGUAUUGGCCCUACCUCCAAAAAGUUGCAAAAAGCUGUCCAGAGCUCCAGCCCCUCCUCAGCAUGAAGCCGUUCCUGUCUGUAUUUCAUGCCAAAGCUCAUGAUUUCAAAUGCGAGGUCAAAUGGAGUGGGGCAUAUCAGGAAGGGGCUGGCCUAACACUAGGCGAGGAGGUUGAGCAGUGCAAUGCCUUCCUCUCUAGGAUUGCAGUGACCACAAAGCACAUGUCAAAAGCUGGACGCACAGACAUGCUGACUCUCUUGGCCAUGCGCUGGAAUCAGCAAAAGUUGGACAAUUUGGUCACCUCACUGUCUCACAGAUAUCACAAGACCAUACAAUCUCUACAAAGCAAGCAACAGAAUGUUGAGUCCAUGAAAGCUCAGUUGGCAGUGACAGAGAGCCAUUUGGAAGACUGGGUCAGUGAUGUCAAAGAGUGGGCAGAAGCAACAACAAACACAAGCACAAAUGAUGUGGAUGCCUUGGCCAGUAGAAUCGAGGUGCUGGGGACCAGUAUAAAGAGACGCUCACAGCGUCUUUAUAAAGAUACUGACGGCAACAAAGGUCGUGCCAGGAUCCGCCGCAAAAUCAGGGAGGAGAAGGGGAUCCUGACCUCUGUUGUGGAGAAAUACAACAAAAUAGUUCCAAGCACAGAAAGUCUUUGCAUGGAAACCAUUGUGUCUGGCGAGACAGCUUGGCCAUGGCAGCUACCACACAGUGGUAUGACACACAAACACAGAACCAGUACCCUCAAAUGAGGAUCUGUUACCCUACAGGACUUUAGACAUUCUUUGACAGAGUACAUAUAACUAACUUCAUGAUAUUGUCUAUGUACAGUGCCUUGAGAUAAUGUAUGUUGUGAAUAAAAUUGAAUUCACUUCAAAUCUUUGUAAAAAGAAAUGCAUUUGAGACUCUGUCGAUCUAAGGACAAAGAGAAAGGCGUUUGACAUCAUCAUGGCAGUAAGGAGACUGGAGGAGGAGAAGAAGAAUAUUCUUGUUCUGGAGAUGGACCACCACUGGAAAUGGCUUUCAACUCGUGCAAAGACCUCGCAAGAGUUGUCCAGUCUACUUUCUAGUGAGACAGUGAAAAGUAUGUCAUUAAAUAACAAAACAAUGACUGGUGAUAAACUAAUAUAGGUUUUAUCUCAUUUUUUUCUAUCUUUAAGAUUGGCCAUGUGGCUUUAGUGAAGAGGGGUUGAAAGGUCUGUAGAGCAUCAUCCUGAGAAAGCAGCAGAACAUCAGAGAGAAGAAGAUGCAAGCUAGAGACUGCUACCUGCGACUUUUGUCUGGAGAGACUGCAGAGAACAUGAGCUUCUUGCACAAGCCGGAUGAUUGUGACAGUGACUCGGACAGUUCUGAUGAUGCACUGUAAUUGUACCCGUUACCGCUGCUCCACUUUCUUGUGCCAGUGGAAUUACAAAUGCUACUGUAGGUUGGUCACGUGAUGCCCUCUGGCCCAAAAAUACUUCUUACCAUUGCAACAAAACAAAUGAGCCAUGGUAGCAUGGUUUCCAGCAGGAGUGUUUUAGAAAAAACGGACAAAAUCUCCUUCAUUUCUAGUACUACUAUAAGUAGUAUUAUUAUUUUUAUAUAGACAGCAGAUAUGAGAGGACAGGGAAGACUGUUUACAAAGUAUCAGGGGAUGCAGCUCAUAUAGGUUAAAUCAAUAAAUAAUAAUAAUAAAUAGAAUAAAAGAUUCUAUAAAAUACACCAUGGCUACUCACUUCCUGCAAAAUUCACCAAGAACAAUCUGUUUGAAGCAAAUAUUCUCUGGUCCAGCCUUAGCUAAAAAUACACAAAGACGGAAUCCAUUGGCACGUUGAACCAUGCGUGGUUCACUAACCAGCCCGUUUGUAACUGGUAUCCUACCGACAAAGUUACCUGCACUUCAUGUGCUUAACAGAGUUUAGCAGUUUAGAUAACAUACUGUCCAGCUGUUGUGACUUAAUGAACCACUGUUACGACCCCAGGGUUGUGACUGCUUCUUCCCUGUGUGUAUGUGUCUGCGUGUGAGAUGGGUUGCAGGUGUGCAUGGCCUAUGUGGGUGAGUCUAGGGUGGAUCCUGGGAGCUGAUUGGUCCUGCACAGGAAGGACUCUGAAUAAGAGGCCUGAUCAUCCCAGCUGCAGCGGACUUCCUCAAAGCACUCACAGCAAGACUGCCAGCAGACAUUUUGUACUUGAUUUUAAUAAACUGGUUAAAAUGCUUUGUUUGACUUGUUGCUGGUGCUUUCUUGGGAGUUGACAAGGGGAGUGUCAUUAUUUGAUGUUGUGAUCAGGUUUUCUCCUAGGCCUGGUCGUAACAACCACAGAUACUUGUUUAUGUUCUCUUUUGAAUGAGUAUAGGGGAACUCAUCCUGUAUAUAAUGUAUAUACAUACAUGGAAACAAGCAUAUACUGUAAUCAUGUACAUUCAAUAUAUAUUUCCUUUGCACCAUUUGGAUUAUUUAUAACUUAAAGAAAUACUUGACUUAUAGAUAUUUGAUCAUAUUGUUGCUAUAUGUAUUUUGAGUUGUACACCAUUAUCUGUAUCAUGUUUUCUUUUGUAUGUAAUUAACAUUGAUCAAAUGAUUACAAGUCCAUUGUACUAACGUGUAUUACUGGAACAUGUUUUUAUAUUUACUUGAUUCAGUUAAAGUUUGAUAGUGAUGUUUGGUAUCAAUUGUCCUUCAUGUAGGUCAUCACUUUCAUUCAAACACAUUUUAAUGUACCUGUAUUUAUUCAAGAGGAAGGACAAUAAACUUCAACUUUUCAAAUA